AUGCCCGGCCGGGCUCCGUGGCAAACCUGGCCACCAGGCGUUCGCCGACAAGCCCUCCCUCUGGGCCUGGCUCCAGACGGGGGCCCCGGGCUUCCUCUGGGCAGGGUCUCUCCUCCUCUUCCUCGUUUUGUCAUCAGGGGUCUUUGUGAACUAUUCUCAGUCUGGCCUCUCACCUGGAACCACUUUGCCUUGGGAGACCCUACCAGGAGCACCGGGCUCCAGACAACACAGCCUCCUCUCCACCACGAUAAGAUGAUGGUUCCUGGAGAGCUGGAGUGUGAUAAUUUCAUCACCGUCAUUCAGAAAGUAAACGACACAAUCAUAGUAUGUGGGACAAAUGCUGGAAGCCCCAGGUGCUGGAUGCUGGUAAAUGACACCGUGCUGACUGACGUCCAGGGCAAUGGGCAGAUAGCGUCGGCCUCUGACAUCUCCCCACCAUACCCUUCCCAGAGGUCCAUCAGCUUGCCCACAGAUGGGAGUCUGUAUUCUGCUAUGUCGUCAGUGGCAGGUCACUCCGGCUCGAUCCGGCGUACGUUUGGCUCCCAGAAACUCCUGAAGACGGAGAACAUUUGGCUGCUGAAUCCACAAUUUGCCGGUGCAGCAAUCAUCCCGUCUUCACAAAAGUUCAAGGAGGAGAUCUAUUUCUUCUUCAGUGAGCUCAACAAGACAGCCAGAGUGGACGAGGAACCUUACAGGGCCCGCAUUGGCCGAAUCUGCACGGUGGAUGAAGGGGGCAUCAAAGCCUUGCUGGAGAACUCAUGGACCACCUUCAUGAAGGCCCGGGUGAUGUGCGGUGCAGGAAACACUCAGCAGCAGUACAACAACAUGAAGCAGGCGGUGGUGCUUACAGCGCAGGACAAAAGGGCCGGGGUCAUGUACGGCCUAUUUUCCAAUGCAUGGGGAAGAACAGUGAUCUGUGCAUACUCCAUCGAAGAUAUUGACCAGGCUUUCUCCACAUCUAAACUGAAGGGCUACAGCAGUCCAUUUGUUGGCAGUCGCCCUGGGAUGUGUGUCCGCAAAAACUCGACAGUAGGAGGAGGAGGUCACAACGACAUCAAGAACCUCGGGGUUAUCAGAUACCACCCAGAAAUUGAGGAUGUGAUCCGGCCUGUUGGUGUGGCUCCACUCGACCUGCCGACAGAUGACCAAAUCACGCACACUGUGGCAGACAUUGUCCUGGCGGUCAACGAUGAGCACUACAGUGUCCUGUACCUUGGAACAGAACAAGGAAAAGUUCUCAAAGUUCUUCACACCAGCGAGGGGGUCUUCAUCAUAUCUCAAUACUCUCUGUUUCACAACGAGGGCCCCGUUCUAAGUAUGGCCAUUGACUCCCAAAAGGGACACCUGUAUGUUGGUACAGCGAUGGAGGUCCAGCGACUGCCACUGGCUGAUUGCAGUCGCUAUGGUGACACAUGCAGGGAGUGCAUUCUUUCCCGGGAUCCAUACUGUGGCUGGGACAUGGCCAGGAGGAAGUGCGUCGCCAUCCCACCUGGAUACAAUGUCACGUCUGGGACACUCCUUCAGAAUCUGGACGAGUCGAACGCCUCGGUUUGUGGGGAAGCUGCUGCUCUGAAGCAGCGUCGAACUUCCCCCAGAGAAGUGUUUGUGCAGUCCAACACCUCCGUCUUUCUUCCUUGCCCUGUGCGCUCCUUCCAUGCCACUUACCGCUGGGAGAAGGACAAUUGUGUCAAGAACUAUCCCUGCCUCUUCUCUGGGGACUUCUGUGUCCUGGGGCCGGUUGUUGACACACCCUUGAAGGAAGGGGUCUUUCGCUGCAUGGCCACCGAGGAUGGAUUCAAGGUUGAGGUUAUCUCCUUCAGGCUGGUAAACAACGGCAGGCUCCUGGCUGCCUCCCUGGCCUCCACCAUGGGGCUGUCGCUCCUGCUCGCCGUGGCUACCCUUUGGCUCCAUUAACUUCAGCUAACACUGAUGCUAACCCCUCAUCCUUACUGGCUCCCAAUGACAGGAAAGAGAAGGAGCCGCUCUUAAGAGGUUAGGUUUGCAGAGAGCACUAAAGUACAUGGUUGGGUGGGGCGGUGAAAAUUCACCCUUUCCCAAAUAAAUUUUUAGAGAAAGAUUCAGAAUGUCAGUUGAAUGAGGAUUAAAUACUGUAUUUUUAACAUAACGUAACACACCUUCAGAACUGGAAAACAUAUACAUUAACAUUCAGGCUAAAGUGAAUAGGCGUUGCAGUCAAUUAAUUUGACAUGUCUUGCAAGUACGAUUUAGAUUCAACCAUAAUUAGCUACUCUGCAAACCUUUCCUCUCUGACUCAAAAGAUAAACAUAUCGUAUGAGUUGGGCAAAAACACCAAUACCAGGCCAAUUCUUUUUCCCCCUCAUUUCUCUACUUAUUUUGAAAUUGACUUGAUUGUGCUUAUUUGUGAAUAUAUAAACCUUUAAUACCGCUCCUACAUCUAUUUAUUCAUCUUGUUAACCUUCAUUGGUAUAGCUCAUUCGUACUUAGAGAAAUGUCUGGUAUUGAGAUUUAAAAAAGCCUUAACACUUCUGGGACAUAAACUCCUAAGCACAAUUUUGCAGUUGAGGCAGAAUACUGCAGACUCGGUUGGACUUGGCGCUAUAAUUAGUGCAGCUGAGUCUAACUACAUCGCUGGGAGGAAGUGUCAGCUUUUUGACAGGAAGUAGGCGUAUGGGCAAAAGCUCAUUCUCGAACAUCACUGUGUCUCAGCACCUCCUCCUCAGAUGAGGCAGUUUCUUGCAUCUUUUUAUCAGAUGGUAUCAGAUCGUUAUUACGCCUUGUUCACAGCUUUGUCCUUUGUUUUUCUAUGUACAUGCCAUCGUCUUUCGUUCCUCCCCAGAGCAUCAGAAACAAAACACUCGCCUUUUCAGGAUGUGAUAAACACAACAUCGCCUCCAGCUCCUUUGGAAAAAGAGUUACUUAAUGAUAGCAGUAAGGAGCAAACUGCGCUCAAUCAUAAAACCAUUAAAUUAUUUAAUCUCUAUCAGUCAACGUGAAGAUUAAAUUCUGGAUGUAUUUGUUGUGGAGAGACGGUGGUUCUAAGUUAUGUGAAACAGCGGUGACCUUUUUGCCAAUUCUGGUGUGUUGCCGGCAUGUCAUUAGUCCAUCAAUUUUAGGAAAUAGAGCAGACAGCGACAAAGAGAAGCUAAUCUGCUGCGUAUGAUAUCCAAUUUACUCUGACAAUGUGUAAAGAUGUGAACAAGGUGUUACGCUAUAGCAAUUUCAGUAAACACAUACCUACAUUACCAUGAGGGCAGAUGAAGCUAAAUGGAACUACAUAUUAAGAUUGCAUUUUACUAUGAGAAAAAAAAAGGCUUUUACUUAGAUCCGUGAAGUAUGUUCUGUAUUUUAUUGUUCUGCAGAUGCCGAUUUCUACCAUUGCUGCCUACGUAUGUGGCACUUUGUCUUGAUUGUUUGGGUUUUUAUGCCAUAGUUAGAAUGUGAUAUAUAACCAUUGACUACUUUGCC